AUGUCAGACACCGCUCCAGCCGCGACGACGGCUGCACCUACAGCUACACCUACAGCUACAGACACAUACACAGGCGCAGCUACAGACACAUUCACAGACGCAGCUACAGACACCUUUACGGGUACAGCUACAGAUACCGCGACGAGCACCGCGUCAGAUGGCUCUGUCCUCACCACUGUCAUCACCACGACCUCAACCAGUCUGACAACAUCUCCUACGACUACAUAUACCGUGACAGAAUCUUCUACCUCGACACCUGACACUUUCAUUCCAGAGACCAGCUCCGCGCCGAUAUCGACUAGCGUUGCUUCCAUCUCGGUGCCUCCCUCCACGACCUUCGUCGAAACUACCCCGACGCCCACCAGCAGUCCUCCUGUCGUUGCUGUCACCGCCACCGUGACCGAAACACCCUCCUCAACCGGAGGCACUCAAACGCCUUCUGUCGUCAUUGUAACCUCGACAUAUUCUCCCGAUCCUACCACGCAACAAACCUCCACAGUUUCUUCUGUAUUCACUACUUCCUCGGCGUCUGCCACUCCAUCGGCAUUAAGUGCAUCAGGCUCCUCAUCGGGCUCCUCCAAGGGCUUGUCUUCCGGGGCUAAGAUUGCGAUCGCGGUCAUCAUACCAAUUGCCGUUAUUGCCGCAGCGUUUCUGAUUGGAUUCUUCUUUUGGCGAAAACGGAAAGCAAGGAAGGAUGCAGAGGAGCUCCGCAAGAACGAGAUGGCUGAAUAUGGCUUCAAUCCAAACAGCGACCCCACAUUAGUCCCAGGUGUAGGAGCAUAUACCGACAAUCAAUCCGAGCCUCACGACGACACCAGCGGGUACCGUGGUUGGGGUGCGACCCCGUCCAACCGCAAGGCGUCGACAACCUUGGGUUCCAAUGGUCGACCCGCGGCUGGCCCUGCCUUGUCGGAAAGCAGCAGCCAACCGGGAGGGUAUGCAUACCAGACCUCCCCUAAUGGCGCCUCUGACCACUAUUCUGCGGAUCCUUUGAUGAAUGGCCACCCUGAAGCCGGAGAUGGAGUUGCAGCCUUGGGUGCGGUUGGUGCGGCGGGUGGGCUCAACCGAAAUCGCAGCGGUACUGCCGAUAUUCGUCGUGGUCCAUCAAAUGCGUCCUCGGCUUACUCUACCGGCCACCAGUCCGAAGCGUCCUUGGAGACUCAUAACAUCCCUGUCCCGUAUUACCAGGAAGAGGUGCCUUACAACAUCUACAACGAUCACGUGCCCAGCGAUGGCCCUUAUGGCGACGGUUCAUAUGGUGGUGCUGGAGGUCAGCCCGUUAUACGAGAUGUCCAGGCCAGGAGGAACACCCGCAUUGAACGAGCCCCAACCUUCCCUCAGACACAAGGUGGCAUCGCCCAGAACUUUUAA